UCUGGCGUGGCCCCGCGUCGCGGCUGCUGAGCCGCCGCCCUGCCCGCCGCCGCCGCCACCAUCGCCCUCUCCCUCGCCCCCUCCCCGCCCGGGCGGGGACCCCCCUUCGCUCCCCUCCCUCCUCACAGCCGCCGCCAUGUUGGGCCGGGAGCCGCAGCGGGGCCGCCACUGAGCCCCGGCGCCGGCGAGCAGGAGGAGGCGGCGGAGGAGCUCGGGGCCCGGCCGCCCCGCCGCAGCCAUGGCGGAGCAGACCUACUCGUGGGCAUAUUCCCUUGUGGAUUCCAGUCAAGUUUCUACUUUUCUGAUUUCUAUUCUCCUCAUAGUCUACGGCAGUUUCAGGUCUCUUAACAUGGACUUUGAGAAUCAAGACAAAGAGAAAGACAAUAGCAGCGCAGCUGGGUCUUUUAAUGGCAACAGCACCAAUAACAGUAAGGGUAUUCAAACCAUUGAUUCCACCCAGGCGUUGUUCCUGCCCAUCGGGGCGUCUGUCUCUCUCCUAGUCAUGUUCUUCUUCUUCGAUUCAGUUCAAGUGGUCUUUACAAUAUGCACAGCAGUCCUUGCAACAAUAGCUUUUGCUUUCCUUCUGCUCCCGAUGUGCCAGUACUUAACACGGCCUUGUUCGCCUCAAAACAAGAUUUCCUUUGGCUGCUGUGGGCGUUUCACUGCUGCCGAGUUGCUCUCAUUUUCUCUUUCUGUGAUGCUUGUCCUUAUCUGGGUCCUAACUGGCCACUGGCUCCUUAUGGAUGCUCUGGCUAUGGGCCUGUGUGUGGCAAUGAUAGCCUUCGUUCGGCUGCCUAGCCUGAAGGUUUCCUGCUUGCUGCUCUCCGGUUUACUAAUUUAUGAUGUCUUUUGGGUCUUUUUUUCUGCCUACAUCUUUAACAGCAACGUUAUGGUGAAAGUGGCCACGCAACCAGCUGAUAAUCCCCUUGAUGUUUUAUCCCGAAAACUUCACCUGGGACCAAAUGUGGGUAGAGAUGUUCCCCGUCUGUCGCUGCCUGGUAAACUUGUUUUUCCAAGUUCCACAGGCAGCCACUUCUCCAUGCUGGGGAUCGGAGAUAUUGUGAUGCCAGGUCUUCUGCUCUGCUUUGUCCUGCGUUACGAUAACUACAAAAAACAAGCCAACAGUGAUUCCUGUGGUGCCCCAGGGCCAGGGAACAUCUCUGGGCGAAUGCAGAAGGUCUCCUACUUUCACUGCACACUUAUUGGAUAUUUUGUAGGUCUAUUAACGGCAACAGUAGCUUCUCGUAUUCACCGGGCAGCCCAGCCUGCCCUCCUCUAUUUGGUACCAUUUACUUUAUUGCCGCUCCUCACUAUGGCCUAUUUAAAGGGUGAUCUACGCCGCAUGUGGUCUGAGCCUUUCCACUCCAAGUCCAGCAGCUCCCGUUUCCUGGAAGUAUGAUGGAACAGAUAGAAAGUGACCUGAACUUCUGCCUUGGUCCUUUUCACUUUAACUUGUGGCUUUGUCGUCUCCUAAAGCUGGACUGGCUGGUACUUGGGAAGGUACCAAUUAUGGGACUUGUAGGAAUGGACUUUGUGUUAAAAGGAGAAAAAGGAGAGGGGGGAAAAAAAAGCCAAGAUCCUGGAGCUUUGUUGGAUUUCUCCCCCACAGAUGUGGAAUUGGGGACCCUUUGUGCAACUGCAGCCACUUUCCUCUUUUCCUCACUCUGACGGAUUAGUACCAGACUAUGACCUUUGCGAGAGAGGAGGAGACACACUUGAAACUGAAAACGGCUUGAAGUCGUUCAAAAACUUGUGAACACUAAAAGAAAAAACAGUUAAGCAAACUGAAGCUUCUUCAGAGAACCCCUCAUGUAUGUUGGGACCAGUUUCCUGUUGGACUUCGGUUUUGAAAAGAACUGAGACAGAAUCUCUUCUGUCACAAUAUUGGGUUUUUUUUGUUUUUUUUUUUUUUUUUUUUUUUUGAUUUAUUAAAUAUUUCCUGUGGUGUGAGGUUACUUAUUAAAUCCACAGACAUUGAGUGACUUCUUGCAGUAUACAUAUAAAAAUUUGUUGUAACAAGUUACAUUUCCACCCAGAUGUCAUGUUGCAGUGAAAAAGGGCACGAUUUUUAUACAUAUAUAUAUACACACAUAUAGAUAUAUAUAUGAAUAAAUAAAAAGGAAAACCUGCUAAGAUCAUGCUGUGUAGCAGACAGGGGCUUGCUGUAAUUUUUAGCAUGUAGAGCAGUUUACUAUGGCUUUCUUGUAUAUGAAUCUACAAUGAGCUGCUGGGGUUGUUUUUGCCCCUCCCAUCCUAAAACUGAACCUGCAGUUUCAGACCCAGUGUAGUAUUUGUACUGACUGUACUCAUGGACUUUGGGGGAUAUUUGAUUUUGAUCAGUGUAGCAAACUAAGGAAGAAAGUUUAAUUCCAACCCUGUUUCUUUGAGGGGGGAGGGAUGGGGAGGUGGUCCUUUGGGUUUUUUUUUUUUUUUUUUUCCCUUCCCCCCAGACAGCUCCCUUGCAGGUUUUUAGUAGUUCCUUCUUGACCCAAUGCAUGUAUUAUAGCAGCAAGUGUCUUUGUGCUUCUGAUCAUAGUAAUGUAUCACUUGUAAAUACAUUUUUUUUCUAUUUUCUA